AGGUUUCAGUAAGUAAUGGACGGCAUACAUCACAGUGGCCCCAGGGUCAGGAUCCAACCCAUAUCAGUACACGAACGUUCCGCACCAUCAUCUACCUCCGUUUCCCUGCCAGCCCUGCGAGCUUGCCUCCGAAAGUGAUAACAUAGCAUAGUAUAGUAGAAAUAAUGGGGGAUUUGGAGCAGCAGUCAUUGGUUCCUAAAGAGACAGCAUUGCAAGCACUCAACACAAUCAUCCAGCUCCAUUUCGAGAAAACCCUAGAGAAGAAGAGGGCCGUCGAUCUCCAGAAGAAGGAGCUCUGGAGGUUCUUCCACAUCUUCUUCCUCUUCCUAGCAUUGGUGCUGGCCACGCAGGCGCUUUCUCCCAAGCUCCAAUGCAAGCACUGCUGGAUCCCCAUCGGCCUCCUCUCCCUGGGCCACCUCAUCUUCUACGUGUCAGUCGCCCAGACGCUGAGGUGCAUCAACGGCUUCAAGUAUCAGAGGAGAUGCCACAAGCUGACGCUGGGGCUGGCGACGGAGCGUCUCAAGCAGUUGAAGAUGAGGAUGUUGGAAGAUGAGGAUGACUUCGAGAUACAUUAUCAGGAGCCUCCUGAGACUUAUUUCGCCAAGUUCAAGAGGAAUUGGGCUCUCUAUUUUGCUUUCUUCAUCAUUACUUUUGCCUUUUCCGUCUCUGCUUCCGUUGUCCUCCUCUGCUUCUAGAACCUUUUCUCUUCUUUGAUUUUCUUUGUUUCUUUGCACAUUUUUCUCCAUUUAGCAGUUAUUUGAUUUCUAUUUCCUAA